CUCUUCUUCUCCACCCCAUCACUGACCAGAAACAACUUGCCCAAUUCCUCUAUUUCCUUCACUUUAUCUUCCUUCCUUCAUUCCUCUCUCUGCUUUCUGCUCUCUCGUAGCCAUGACUAAGCUAAGCACUGUGGUUCCCGAAGAGAUGCUUGUCCCCGUUCCUGUCCUGCCUCCUGAGACAGUAUCAUCAACACAGCAACCAGGCUCCUUCCCGCCACCUCGCUGUCACUCUAAUGCAAACUAUAAGAAUCUGCUUACUAAUCUCGAACUCCAUGGAAAUGGAGGAAAGACCUCAUCUUGGAUGGAAACCAUUAAAGCCUCCUCUCCGACUCAUGCAAAGUCGGUCCCUUUCCUGCCCAACUCCCAAUCGGAAAGAGAUGAAAACGAUUGGAACAGAAAGCAUCCAUCAGCGUUGAGCCGGUUCGACGACAUAACUGCGGCGGCAAAGGGGAAGAAGAUAGUAAUGUUUCUUGAUUAUGACGGUACUCUGUCUCCCAUCGUUGAAGAUCCUGAUUCAGCCUUUAUGUCUGAGUCUAUGCGGGCGGCGGUGAAGAGUUUAGCCAAGUGUUUCCCAACUGCUAUUGUGAGCGGAAGGUGUCGAGAUAAGGUGUUUGGUUUCGUGCAAUUGGCGGAGUUGUACUAUGCAGGAAGCCAUGGUAUGGAUAUCAAAGGACCCGCCAAGUGGCCCAAGCAUACAAAUGCUCAGGCUAAGGCGGUGCUGUGUCAGCCAGCCAGUGCUUUUUUACCGGUCAUUAAUGAAGCUUAUAAUGUACUUUCGGAGAAAAUAAAGUUGGUUCCUGGAGCUAAACUGGAGAACAACAGAUUCUGUUUGUCAGUUCACUUUCGCUGUGUAGAAGAAAAGCGUUGGAAUGGCCUUGCUGAGGAAGUCCGAUCUGUGCUAACAGCAUACCCAAAUUUAAAGUUAACUCAAGGAAGAAAGGUGUUGGAGAUUCGGCCCACAAUUGAGUGGGACAAAGGGAAAGCCCUUGAGUACUUGCUGGAAGAGCUUGGAUUUGCCGACUGCAACGAUAUCCUUCCGGUGUAUAUUGGAGAUGAUCGAACGGAUGAGGAUGCUUUCAAGGUGUUGCGCGAUCGUGGACAGGGAUUUGGUAUUUUGGUUUCCAAAUUUCCGAAGGAGACAUGCGCCACUUACACCCUUAAGGAGCCUUCCGAGGUGAAGGAAUUCUUGCGACGUUUGGUUGAGUGGAGGCGAAAUUCUCUAAAGGCUGAGCAUAGGGUGGGUGUAAAUAGAAAUUAAAUAUAUAUUGAUGCGUGUAUAAUGUCAAAAAUACUCACCUACUCACUGUGCAUGGAUAGAAAACUUUCUAGUUUGAUGUAACUACUUCCUUCUUUCUAUUUCCCUCGUUUUUAUGGUGGGGGCAUCUACGUGGGGCUCUCAUGCCGCAUUAUAAGAAUAUAUAGAGGCUUUUGUAUCUUGUAAUAAAUUAUCUCCAAGUACAGGAAAGGAGAAAGUAUCCAUUCCUUCCUUUUAAUAUUUAAUGUAGAUGCAUGUUCUUCAUU